AUGUCUUUACUUGCUGGAAAGAUAAUGAACAACCUGGAACCUCUGGAGGAAAAUCAGAGGAAAAUCAACAAGAAACAUGAUGGACUUCAUAACUACUUUAAAGAAUGUGAGGAAAGAGUCAAACCACCACUAAUAGUUAGGCUCCAAAAAGUUACUCUCACAUCUCGAAAAGUUACUCUCACAUCUCCAAAAGUUACUCCCACAUCUCCAAAAGUUACUCCCACAUCUCCAAAAGUUACUCCCACAUCUCCAAAAGUUACUCCCACAUCUCCAAAAGUUACUCCCACAUCUCCAAAAGUUACUCCCACAUCUCCAAAAGUUACUCCCACAUCUCCAAAAGUUACUCCCACAUCUCCAAAAGUUACUCCCACAUCUCCAAAAGUUACUCCCACAUCUCCAAAAGUUACUCCCACAUCUCCAAAAGUUACUCCCACAUCUCCAAAAGUUACUCUCGUGGCUCCAAAAAACUCGCAGCCGUCAUACUCUCAAAGUUGA